AUGCUUUCUCCACCAAUAAAUAUAAAAAAAUGGGUAGAAGAGAACAAAGAUAAGCUCAAGCCACCGGUAAACAACUUCUGCGCUUACUCUGGACAAGAUAACAUUGUGAUGUUAGUCGGUGGCCCUAAUGCGAGGAACGACUAUCAUCUCAACGAGACAGAAGAGUGGUUUUAUCAAUACAAGGGUUCCAUGUGUUUGAAGGUAGUAGACAGCGGUGAAUUUAGAGAUAUUAUCAUUGAAGAAGGCUCUAUGUUUUUAUUACCACCUAACGUGCCACACAAUCCGGUUAGGUUCGCGGACACAAUCGGUGUCGUCAUAGAGCGUGUUAGACCAGGCGAAUCAAUUGAUAGAUUGAGAUGGUACUGCCGUGAUUCAUCACAUAUAACGACAGAGAAUCCCCAUGGCGGAUACAUAAUACGUGAAGAAGCAUUCCACGUUACCGAUUUGGGUACACAACUCAAGCCACUGAUUAACAACUGGAUGUCAAACGAGUCAUUACGGAAAUGCCUCGGUUGUGGUAAAACAGCUGAUCCAAAGUGA